UUGCACUGUCAGUUUAAACCGAUCAAGAAAACGUUAACCGGUGAUUCUUUUCACGGUGUUACCAAGAAAAAGCUUUAUUCAUCGUCGUUGUCUGACGGUAACUUUUCGAUCUCUGGCGAACUGUCCCUGAAACAGUUGGCCCAUUCAGAGACGGACUACAUUCCAGCGUUCGUCCGUAAGUGCGUGGAAUUCAUUGAAACAGAAGGCAUCAAAGUUGAGGGUCUCUACCGCGUGCCUGGCAACCAGUCGCAGGUGGUGUUAAUCGAGCAGAAAUUCGCUGUUGAUGCCAACAUGUCGAUGUACGCACUCGAUUUGCCGGUGAGCGCUGUCACGACGGCACUGAAGAAUUUCUUUGCCAACCUCUCUGAGCCGCUGAUCUCCGCCGAGCUAUACCAGCCAUUAAUCGAGGAACGGCGUCCCGAUGUCCGUCUCAAGUUGCUACGCCACGUCCUUCAACGCCUGCCUCUUGAAAACCGUGCCGUUCUCAGUUAUGUCGUUAAUCACCUCCGGCAUGUAGCCGAACAUGUACAUGUGACCUCGAUGGAUCACCGCAAUUUGGCGAAAUGCUGGUGGCCUACGCUCGUUCGACCUCAUUUCGAGAACUUCGAGUCGAUGGCGAUGAUGAGUCAACCGCUGGAAGAACUGGUGCAGGUACUUCUUGAUAACCCGUCCAUCUUGGAAUAG